AUGUCGGGUGACAAAUUGAAUACUAAGAAUAAGAGAGACCGUCACAGAAUUCACACAGUUGGGGAGUGUGGAGAGAACUUAACCCAGAAUUCCCAACACAUAAUUCACAUCGGGGUGAAACCAUAUAAUUACUUGGAAUGUGGAAAGAGUUUCAGUCUGAGCAGCCAUCUCACUAACCAUCAAAGAAUGCAUACAGGGGAGAAACUUUCACAGCAGGGACGACCAUAUCAAUGCUUGGAAUGUGGAAAGAGCUUCACUCAGAGCUCCAAUCUUGCUUCUCAUCAAAGAAUUCACAGCGGAGAGAAACCGUAUCAGUGCUUGGAAUGUGGAAAGACCUUUCAUACAAGUGGAGACCUUUGUCAUCAUCGAAGAAUUCAUAAAGGGGAGAAACCAUAUCAAUGCUUAGAAUGUGGAAAAAGCUUCAGUCGGAAUGCCAAUCUCGCUUCCCAUCAAAAAGUUCAUAGAGGGGAGAAACCAUAUCAAUGCUUGGAAUGUGGAAAGACCUUUUAUACAAGUGGAGGCCUUUGUCAUCAUCUAAGAAUUCAUACAGGGGAGACACCAUAUCAGUGCUUGGAAUGUGGAAAAAGCUUCAGUCGGAGCACCCAUCUCACUUCUCAUCAAAAAGUUCAUACAGGGGAGAAACCAUAUCACUGCUUGGAAUGUGGAAAGAGCUUCAGUCAGAGAGAGAGUCUCACUUCACAUGAAAAAGUUCACAGCGGGGAGAAACCGUAUCAGUGCUUGGAAUGUGGAAAGACCUUUUAUACAAGUGGAGGCCUUUGUCAUCAUCUAAGAAUUCAUACAGGGGAGACACCAUAUCAGUGCUUGGAAUGUGGAAAGAGCUUUUGUGCAAGCACAAGCCUUUGUCAUCAUCAAAGAAUUCAUAGAGGGGAGAAACCAUAUCACUGCUUAGAAUGUGGAAAAAGCUUCAGUCGGAGCACCCAUCUCACUUCUCAUCAAAAAGUUCAUACCGGGGAGAAACCAUAUCACUGCUUGGAAUGUGGAAAGAGCUCCAGUCAGAGCAGCAGUCUCACUUCCCAUCAAAAAGUUCAUACAGGGGAGAAACCAUAUCACUGCUUGGAAUGUGGAAAGAACUUUUCAAAAUUUAGCCAUCUCACUAACCAUCAAAGAAUGCAUACAGGGGAGAAACUGUAUCAGUGCUUGGAAUGUGGAAAGAGCUUUCGUGCAAGCACAAGCCUUUGUCAUCAUCAAAGAAUUCAUAGAGGGGAGAAACCAUACAACUGCUUAGAAUGUGGAAAAAGCUUCAGUCGGAGCACCCAUCUCACUUCCCAUCAAAAAGUUCAUACAGGAGAGAGACCGUAUCAAUGCUUGGAAUGUGGAAAGAGCUUCAGUCGGAGAGACAGUCUCACUUCCCAUGAAAAAAUUCACAGUGGGGAGAAACCGUAUCAAUGCUUGGAAUGUGGAAAGAGCUUCAGUCAGAGAGACAGUCUCACUUCCCAUGAAAAAAUUCACAGCAGGGAGAAACCAUAUCAAUGCUUGGAAUGUGGAAAGAGCUUCACUCAGAGCUCCAAUCUUGCUUCUCAUCAAAGAAUUCACAGCGGAGAGAAACUGUAUCAGUGCUUGGAAUGUGGAAAGACCUUUCAUACAAGUGGAGACCUUUGUCAUCAUCAAAGAAUUCAUAAAGGGGAGAAACCAUAUCAGUGCUUAGAAUGUGGAAAAAGUUUCAGUCGGAAUGCCAAUCUCACCUCCCAUCAAAAAGUUCAUAGAGGGGAGAAACCAUAUCAUUGCUUCGAAUGUGGAAAGAGCUUCAGUCAGAGCAGCGGUCUCACUUCCCAUCAAAAGGUUCAUACAGGGGAGAAACCAUAUCACUGCUUGGAAUGUGGAAAGAGCUUCAGUCAGAGCAGUGGUCUCACUUCCCAUCAAAAGGUUCAUAGAGGGGAGAAACCAUAUCAAUGCUUGGAAUGUGGAAAGAGCUUCAGUCAGAGAGAGUGUCUCACUUCACAUGAAAAAGUUCACAGCGGGGAGAAACCGUAUCAGUGCUUGGAAUGUGGAAAGACCUUUUAUACAAGUGGAGGCCUUUGUCAUCAUCUAAGAAUGCAUACAGGGGAGACACCAUAUCAGUGCUUGGAAUGUGGAAAGAGCUUUCGUGCAAGCACAAGCCUUUGUCAUCAUCAAAGAAUUCAUAGAGGGGAGAAACCAUAUCACUGCUUAGAAUGUGGAAAAAGCUUCAAUCAGAGCACCCAUCUCACUUCUCAUCAAAAAGUUCAUACAGGGGAGAAGCCAUAUCACUGCUUGGAAUGUGGAAAGAGCUUCAGUCAGAGCAGCAGUCUCACUUCCCAUCAAAACGUUCAUACAGGGGAGAAACCAUAUCACUGCUUGGAAUGUGGAAAGAGCUUUUGUGCAAGCAGAAGCCUUUAUCGUCAUCAAAGAAUUCAUACAGGGGAGAAACCGUAUCAAUGCUUGGAAUGUGGAAAGAACUUCAGCCGGAAGGAAAGUCUCUCUUCCCAUGAAAAAAAUCAUGCAGGAGGGAAAUCAUAA